AUGGCAGUAGAGGUUUGGACAUCUAUUUGCCCAAAAUCUGGAGGCACACGAAUACCUAUCAAUAUUAUCCUAGCGGAUACCUUAUUCGAUAUCACAAGCUCCAAACCACAAUACAUAGAUUCUCCGGAAUACACCUCAAUAACGGACCAGCGCACUGAGUUGAAUUCAACCGGAGAAGUACCAGGUGAAGAUAGAGUAAGUUGGCUAAGGCAUGCUUGCGAAACAGUAUUCCCGUUACCUACAGUGAAUGAUAAAUACACUCAGUUCCAUCAAAUUAUAGACAAGGUGAGGAAUGUCAUGUAUUGUUACGUGCCCAAGGCUUCCUCGACUUCUUGGAAGAGUCUUUUCAUGGUUUCCAAUAAUUUAGCGUACAAAAAGUUUUUCGAAACUUCCCUCACUAACGGUGAUUCCAUAGGGCCUUACGUGGAGAGAUAUAGAUUUAAUAAGCUUUCGAAUGUAACCCAAAAUGGUAGUUUCGAAACAAAAAAAUACCUGAAAUUCGUUUUCGUGAGAAAUCCCAUAAAUAGGAUAUUGUCGGCGUACAGAAGUAAGUUCGUAUGGAAGAACAAAUAUUUCGUAAAUCAUUAUGAGCGUUAUAUCAAGGUGCUAGCUCAUCGCAAUUCCAGUGAAAUCAGCGAUGAAAAUUUCGACGUUAUAAAAGCAAUGUAUGAUAAUAAGGAAGUUAAUGUAACUUUCUUGGAAUUUGUUCAAUUUAUUAUAAACAUUCCUUACGUUAGGGAUGUGAAAUUACAAGAAUACCUGAUGAAUGAACAUUGGAGACCCAUUUCAGACAUUUGUGCUCCGUGCACAUACGGAUUGGACUUUAUCGGCAAACAAGAAACAUUGGUCGAAGAUGUGACUAAAAUAAUGGGGCUAACCACUUGGAACACGUUGAAUUACAACCCAUUUAAAACAUUGUUUCCCCCAAUCGACGAUGAUGCUGAAGGAGAUAUGAGUUCCAAUAACUUGGAAUCUGAGUCUAGCCAAGCUGUUACUUCAAUUAAUUUAAGACAAAAAAAAAUCGUAAUUCGUAAUUUUACCGAUUACGAAAAAGUUUUAAUCGAAUCUCUACCGGAGGAUGUACUUAUACGAUUGAUUAGAUUAUUUCGAUAUGAUUACCUAUUCUUUUACCCUUCAGAUCCACUAUACCUUAAAUAUUUACAUCGACUGUAA